AUGCCAACCGACCUAGUUAGGCAGCCACGCCCUCUGUCGAGUAGGGUAAUCCACAGCGUUCUGCUGCCGUCUGCCGCCACGGUCCCCUCAGUCCCCUUGGUUCCUUCGGUCCCUUCGGUCCCCUCGGUCCCCUCAGUCCCCUCCGUCCCCUCAGUCCUCUCCGUCCCCUCGGUCCCCUCGGUCACUUCGAUUGGCGAUCCAUCGCGGGCCGUGGGGACAACGAUUGGACAGCCGCUGCAACCGAUUCUAGUCACCACGCCCUGCAACCGGAGUUCGGUGGACGUUGCGGACCCGGUCAGGUCUUCGUUAGACUUGCCGAGUGUGUCUGGCAGCCUUUCCGCCUUGCCCGGACUCGUGGAUGUUUUCGAGACCGAAGCGUGGGACAAACCGACCGAGCUGAGACGUAUUCUCCACCUGCCUGCGGUACGGUCAGGAAGACAGGGGCCCGAGGGAGUCGUGUCACCCGAAGGAUGGCCCGGUGGAGAAAUGACGCCCGGCGGAGUGGUUGAAGACGGAGGAGUGAAGAGCGUGCAUAUCGCGGUUCAGAGGAGUGCAACCAGCUCCAGGAAAAAGAAGAGGCCGCGGCCACAAGAGCCUCACGCGGCCUGGCCCUUCAAGUUCCCGCGCUGGUCGGAGUACGACACAGUGGGAAUUCGGAGACGCGCCUUGCUGCGACCCAAGAUUAGAACAAAGCCUCUGCACGCAACCGCUUUGGCGGUACGAAUGAGACUGGAAGGGGCCUUGUCGCCUGGGGGCGAUGGCGGCUGGCUGCCCCGGAGUUCACGGCCGGCACAGACUCGACGGCGGUAUCGGACUACCAGUUACACACGGUCCGCAGGAGCGCUAAGCAUGUACCGGAAACCGCUGUUGGAAUUCGACGACGAAGAGCCCCCCACCUACAAGUCUUUCUACGAUAACAAGUCUUACUAUGACCACAAGUCGCUCUAUGCCCGCAAGUCCUUCUACGACGAAAAGUCUUUCUAUGACCAAAAAUCCUGUUAUGACCAGAAAUCUUACUAUGACGGCCUCAUGCGGCAGGAUGAUGGCUACCUGCCGCAGGAAUCGUUCUUCUCGUCCUCCAAUUCCUUCCAGGUGUCAACAGUGAUUGUGCCAAAUUCUCCCCUGACGGACUCUGCCCCUCUGGCACCGACCCCAUCCAACGGCAGCGGUAGAACCCCCGCAGCGGCCUCUUGGACGUUUGGCUAUUUCGGCCGCGGCCAGGAGCCCUCCGGCCGCGACCAGGGGACGACUUCUGGCCAGAGCCGGGUACUCGCCUUAGCUCCACGGUCCGGACCCGGCCCCAAGCGGGUCUCGGCCGACGGCCACCCAUCGAACAAACGUUCGAACAGCGGAUCCUCGCUCGACGGCUUCCCAGAGGCUGCCAGCGGCUUGCGAGAAGGGCCCUCCUCCUUGGAGAUCCCACAGGCUUGCCUCGGCGCAUCGGACACCUCGUUCUGCGUCUCCGUGAUCGACUCUGAUUCCACUGACCGACAGUGGCUGGUAAGACCCAACUAUAAGGCGAGUCAAUCGGAGUCGAAUCGACCGGAGUCGAAUCGACUGGAGUUGAACCGACUGGAAUCGAACCGACUGGAAUCGAUCCAGUCGGGGUCAAACCGAUCAGGGUCGAACCGACUGAUGUCCAUCCAACAGGAAUCAAAUGGCGACUCGCGUGGAGCGGCGUUGAACGGAGCCGGGGCCGGCGGGGUAGCGGUGCCGGCUGGGGCGGAGUUGCCACCUCAAAGCGGAGAGUUGCCGUUCAAGAGCGCGCUGAGUAGCGGGUCUCCGCUGUGCGACUCGCAGAGUUUCUGUUUCACGGCGUCGCUGAGCCGGCUCGAUGAGCCGAACCGGCGAGAGGAGUCGAACCAGAGAGAGGAGUCGAGCCGAAGAGAGGAGUCGAACCAGAGAGAGGAGUCGAGCCGAAGAGAGGAGUCGAGCCGAAGAGAGGAGUCGAGCCGGAGGGAAGGGGUGGCGAUUGUGAUUACGUCGCCGCUGAGUCCGACUCCUCCUCCUACGUCGCGCGGGCACCCAUUCCCAGGGAAGGCGCAGCCGAACCGGUUGGUGGGAAGCAGCGUGUCCAGCUCGUCAGAGGCAAGUGGCAGCCCCGCCGCAGGCGUUCGUCCGGUAGCUGGAAGCCCAGCGGCCGGCAGUCCAGCGGCUGGGAGUUCGGCAGCAGGGGUGAAGUCGGACUCCGAGUCGUCGCUCCAAAGGAGCAUAGGUGGAUCACGGAAGAUGAGCCUGACGCUGGACUACAGCAAGUUGCAGGGACCGUCGCCUAUUAGUGUGCAAACACCGUCGCCGUGUUCUUCACGUUUCGAACUGGCUUUUGGGGCGGUACCUCUUGCAGAGCUCAGUGGCAAAAAGUGGUUCUCGAAGAGGGCAGCUUCAGUUACGCGGCAUGCUCUCGCCCGGACCCCGAUGGUCCUCAACCGACCUGGGACUCAUCGCUCGGCUCAGGACGCCGCACUUGCCGUUGCCCGGUCGAGUCUGAGCCGCCGUGUAGGGCGCUGUACGUCUGAGGCCCUGCAGUCUUCUAACUGUCUAGUCGAGAGCUCCUCAAGCACCACCGAACAAGACGAGGAGGACGUCUCCUUCACCGAAAUCGUCAGCAACGCUGAAGACGCCUAUGCGCAGGACGAAGACCUCUUCGGAGAUCUCGAAGAGAUCCGGAUACGCGUCUUCCCGCGGGGACUCCUGAGACGGAACCACGUGGAGUUUACUGUGGCGUUCCUGCUCUCCCUCAUGGUUUGCUGCCUUAUCACCACUCUGGACAAACUCAUCGGCCUCAUCAGAUAG